UGGCUUUGAACUGUCAGUCCUUCUGCCUCAGCCUCCCGAGCUGCUGGGAUUACAGGCGUUUGCCACUGCACCCAGCCUGGUCUUGGAGUCUUGUCUUCUGCUUCCUGGCUCUCAAGAGCUCUGCGUCUUUGGACCAGCCACUGUUCUUUAUGGAGCUCUUUCCCUAUUCAUUAAAAGGGAGCUGGUGGUGAUGCCAUGGUUGGUCUCUAGCAGGGAGGCAUUAGAAUCGGAAUACCGGUUCUGCCUCUUAUUUGCUGGAUGUCACUCGCCCCCUCUCCUCAUCUGAAAAAUGGGUGGGGGGUAGAUCUUUUAUCCCGAAGGGCACUGUCAGGGCGCCCCCAGGGAUUGAGGUGGGGGCUCCGGACCCCACCCGCAAAAGGUCCCAGCACCAAUGGGAAUCGAUGCGCUGGCGUCGCGGUUGCGGUCCCCGUCUCCUCCCGCGCUUAGGUCGCUUAGCAACGAGGGACCGUCGUGAAGGAAACUGCGAACGCUCGGGGUCACAGGUGCACAAACUACGCCAGCUCCCUUUUGGGGGCGGUGGCCUGGGGGCUGCCAUGGCCCCCAGCCACCUGUCUGUGCGGGAGAUGAGGGAGGAUGAGAAAGCCCUGGUGCUGGAGAUGCUCAAGGUGAGAGAGGCUGGCGUAAAGGACACGGAGAACCGUGUGGCCCUCCAUGCUUUGACACGGCCCCCGGCCCUUCUUCUCCUGGCGGCAGCCAGCAGCGGCCUGCGCUUCGUCCUGGCCUCCUUCGCCCUGGCCCUCCUGCUGCCCGUGUUCCUGGCUGUGGCCGCAGUGAAGCUAGGCCUGCGAGCCUGGUGGGGCUCCUUGCCUCCUCCUGGAGGCCUGGGGGGGCCCUGGGUGGCCGUGAGGGGCUCUGGCGAUGUGUGUGGAGUCCUGGCCCUGGCCCCUGGCACCAGUGCGGGGGAUGGAGCCCGGGUCACCCGCCUCUCUGUCUCACGCUGGCACCGCCGCAGGGGAGUGGGUAGGAGGCUCCUAGCCUUUGCUGAGUCCCGGGCUCGAGCCUGGGCAGGGGGCAUGGGGGAGCCCCGGGCCCGGCUUGUGGUCCCCGUGGCCGUGGCUGCCUGGGGGGUGGCGGGGCUGCUGGAGGGCUGUGGCUACCAGGCCGAGGGGGGCUGGGGCUGCAUGGGCUACACACUGGUGAGGGAGUUCAGCAAAGACCUGUGACUGCAGACCUGGGGCAGGGGGACGCCAGCACCCAACGCUCCUGCUGUGCCCGGGCACUGUCACAUCCAUGCCCUGGUGACCCCAGCGAGGACUGCAGACCUAGACACCACCCUUCCACCUGUCGCCAGCCUGCAGUGUCCAGUGUGGAACAAACUCCUCUCCCCUUUGGCUACGAGGGCCAUCAGAGGUCAAGCCCCUGCCUCAGAUUCUGUCUGCACUGAGAAUCUCCCUGCUUUGUCUGCAGAGCUGUGCUGUCUGUGCUGCUGGCCCUGGGGGAGCUCUGGGGAGGGACGGAGCAGCCGCCAGCUCGCCUGAGCUAGGACUUGAGGCAGGGUGCCUGGGCCAAGGCCUCCCUGGGAGCGGGAGGGGCUGGUGGGCACAGCUCCUGUGCGUCCGUCCGUUCGUCUGGUCCUUACAGUGUGUCAAUAAAGCCUGAGACUGCUGUG